CAAAAAUGGCAUUCUCACCAGACUGUUUUGACUUGGGGACGGACGGGAUGACGCACGACACGUUUCGUGAGCCCAUCUUUGUGGAGUUGCUUCGAAACGCCAAGACAGGCAACAUCGUGUACAUGGAAACCACUCAAGCGUUUGUCGAGGCACUCGGGGCUGUAAUGCAUGAGCCCGUGGGCGCAGUGGCUCAGCGAUUUGACGGCUUGGAGUUGGGCAUUACUCGUGUGGCCACCCACCUGUUUGCAUUGCGCGACGAUCUCUGGCAUGGCAAAAAAAAAAAUAUGAUUCCAUCAUCAAUCGAGUGGAAAGCCGACGAUGAAGAGCUAUCUCCUUGCGAACUUUGUCGCCUGCGUGCUAAGUUCCCAAGGGGCUGGCUCGACCAUGGGUAUGCCUCGAAAGACGUUCAUGCAAAGGGAGAGCGUUGCAAGCUGUGCAACAACAGUUGCACCUACGGUCAAACGAAUUCAGAUGCAUCGAUGUGCAUGGAGCAUUGCUUCAAUUGCCGCAAAUCGCGGUCCGCACGUCUUGGCUCUGAACUGCAGGCGCAAGGAUUGGACCGAGUCCUAGCCACCUGCUCUAGGACACCAUCUCGCCCCCAAUUUGUGCGAACUGUGAAAUUCAUUGUCACAGAUUCGCUGCAGGUUUUUGAGAACAGCAGCAUCAAGGCGCUCCAGCUGUUGGGGGCAGCCAAAGCUGACCUAUCACAGUUGGAAACGAUCAGUGUUCAAGUUGACCGUGACCGCUUUGCACAGUUGCUCAGUUACAUGCUUCUCAACGACACGCACGCUCUGACCAAGACAUUUCAUGAUUGCAACGCUGCUUGAUCUCCUGCUUUUUGCGCCAAGUUCAUUGUUAAAGCCGUAUCGACGGCCUCGGGACGCCUGCAAUGUGAUAUGCUUGACCAAGAUUUGCUUUUUUCAAGAAUGAAUCGAUUUUGCGCGU